UCAGUGCAGAACAACCCUGUGAACCCCCCUAAUCCCCACGACAAGUUGGAGACAUUUAUUGGUCACAUUCUGAGCUUUUCCCUCAUGCGAAUGACAUAUCUAUCUCAAUAGUACUGUUCAUCUGAUAGUGUGCCUUGCUUAGUAAAGUGCUUGGAGCUUUUACCCUGCUUCCCUGUUUCAAGCAAACAGAAUGAAGAGAGAGAAGACGAGAUUUUGGUCCUGGUGCUUAAUGCUCAGGCUCGAGAAAUCUGUAUCAGAACAAGGAAUCUGUAUCAGCAUCGGUAUCAUGAGUGCUUUCAUUGAAGGCUUCUACCCUUUUUGCAGAUUUUGUUCUGAAAAGUUCUGCUUUAUAGCUUGCUUGGAUUCUUUGUAUUCUCCGACAACAAAUGAGAUUCUCUUAUUAAGAUGGACCCAUGUGGUAGUACUUGUUUUCUUUUCUUUUGGACCUCUCCAAGGACAAGAGAAUGGGAUAGAUGAGAGAAUUGGCCUGAUGCAGCAGGGCCUGCAUGAUGAUGGUAAUGCUGAUGCUGAGCAGAAUACGGAUGUUUUGAAUUGUUUGGUCCAAUAGCAUAGGAAGAGUAUGGUUUCAGUUGAAGUAAAAACCAAACCUCUAGGAGAAGGAAGAGGUCAUAAUGUUGGAGGUGGGAGUGUAGCUGCUGAGAUGAAUCUGCUGAAGGAACAUUGUGGUUCAAGGUUCCCAAAGGGUAUAAAUCCAGAGUUAUGGCAUGCUUGCGCAGGCCCUCUUGUAUCCUUGCCUCAGUUAGGAAGUCUUGCUUAUUACUUUCCUCAGGGACAUAUUGAGCAGGUAGCUGCUUCUACUCUAGGGAUAGUAACCUCACAGAUUCCAAACUACACCAAUCUUCCAUCUCAGUUGCUGUGCCAAGUCCAAAAUGUCACACUUCAUGCAGACAAAGAAACCGACGAAGUCUUUGCUCAAAUGAGUCUUCAACCACUGGAUUCUGAAAAAGAUGUAUUUCCUACAUGUGAUUUUGGGAUAAAGCUCAGCAAGCAUCCCACUGAGUUUUUCUGCAAAAUUUUAACUGCUAGUGACACAAGCACACAUGGUGGGUUCUCGGUACCACGCAGAGCAGCAGAAAAGCUCUUUCCUCCAUUGGACUACACAGCUCAACCACCAACCCAGGAACUUGUUGUUCGAGAUUUGCAUGAUAAUACAUGGACAUUCCGACAUAUAUACCGCGGUCAGCCGAAGAGACACCUUCUCACAACUGGUUGGAGUUCGUUUGUGGGCUUAAAGAGGCUUAGAGCAGGCGACUCUGUCCUUUUUAUCCGGGAUGAGAAAUCGCAGUUGCUAGUUGGUAUUAGGCGUGCUAAUCGCCAACAGACAUCACUGCCAUCAUCAGUCCUUUCUGCCGAUAGUAUGCAAAUUGGUGUGCUUGCUGCUGCAGCUCAUGCUGCUGCUAAUCGAAGCCCAUUCACCAUUUUCUACAAUCCAAGAGCAUGCCCUUCAGAAUUUGUUAUUCCACUGGCUAAAUACAGAAAGGCUGUAUAUGAGACCCAGCUCUCAGUUGGUAUGAGAUUUGGAAUGAUGUUUGAGACAGAGGAAUCGGGUAAGCGCAGAUACAUGGGUACAAUAGUCGGCAUUAGUGACUUGGAUCCUUUAAAAUGGCCUGGUUCUAAGUGGCAAAAUAUUCAGGUGGAGUGGGAUGAACCAGGGUGUACGGAUAAGCAGAAAAGAGUUAGUUCGUGGGACAUUGAGACUCCUGAAAGUCUUUUCAUCUUUCAAUCUUUGGCUUCAAGUCUUAAACGGCCAUUGCAAUCUGGAUUGUUGGGUGCAGAAAACGGGAGGAACGCUUUAGUAAGAAGACCUUUUAUGCCAGUUCCUGAAAAUGGAACUGUGGGGCUCUUGAACACCAUGCCAAAUUUGUACUCUGAACAAAUGAUCAAAACUCUUAUGAAACCUCAACUUGUUAACAAUACUGGAAACUGUUUAUGGGUCAGACAACAAGAAUAUGCUGCUAUGAGAGGUCCCUUGGAAGAAGUGAGUACUAUACCGCCAACAGCUUACCAUAAAGUUCAUCUUGCAAGUUCAAUGAGCACACCACAAGUAAAUCUACAUUUUCAACCGAAACCAGACCAAUCUAAUGCCUUGAACUUGCAUUCAAAGUUGAAAAGUGAUGAACUUGAAAAGUUGCAUCCUCCAACCAAAGUGGAUAAUCCUCUGUCUUCUGGAACAGUUUCUGAUAAGUCAAAAUCAGAAUCUGAGGGGUUAAGUGUUGGUAUCUUUGACUUCCCUUCCUUCGAAGGCUGCAACGUCGAGAAAAUGGCAUUCAAUCCUCUUAGCCCCCAAAGCCUUGCAGAACAAUUGGCAUUCCUUAAUCAAAACCAAACACCAUCCGCGGUUGAUAUUCCUCAAUCUGAUUCUCAUAUUGUGAAUGGUCCACUUCCUCAGCUAGACAUGGAUGAAUGGAUGAGGUAUUCUUCUGAGAGCAACAAUCUGAGUGAAAUCUACAGCAGCAUCAAUAUUGAUGGUAGUAAUAGUGUGAGUGUGGCUGAUCCUUCUUUCACUUCAAGUGCUAUCUUGGAUGAGUGUUUCACAUUGAAGGAAAGGAAGUAUCAGAACCCGUCAGAUUGCAUGGUGAGCAACUUAAGUACGAGCCAAGAUGUCCAGUCUCAGGUAACAUCAGCAAGUCUAGCGGAAUCAAAUGCCUUUUCCCUACACGAGUUCCAGGACAACUCAGGUGUUGCAUCUUCAAGCCAUGUUGAUUUUGAUGAAAGCAGCUUUCUACCGAAUAAUUCUUCAUGGGUGCCAGUAGCUCCAAAGCCUGCACGUCGGCGUACCUAUACCAAGGUGCAAAAGGCAGGUUCUGUAGGAAGAUCAAUUGAUGUCACCACAUUCAAGAACUAUGAGGAGCUGAUCCACGCAAUCGAAAGCAUGUUUGGACUGGAGGGUCUGUUGAACGAUUCUAGAGGUUCAGAAUGGAAAUUGGUAUAUGUGGAUUAUGAGAAUGAUGUUCUGCUUGUGGGGGAUGAUCCUUGGAAGGAAUUUGUAGGUUGCGUUCGGUGCAUCAGAAUUCUAUCACCUGCAGAAGUUCAGCAGAUGAGUGAAGAGGGUAUGGAGCUUCUAAACAGUGGUGCCUUGCAAGGGAUGAAUGGUUCAGGUGGCUGUAAUUGAGAUUAUUAAGCCUCCUUUUGUAGAAUUCAUAUAACUAACUGUACUUGAGAAUAUUAAACCAUGGUACUCUAGACAUUCUACUUUUCUCAAUCUCACAAACCGAAGUCAGUUGUCGUGCGAAAUUUAGUUGUUUUGUAUAAGGUAUGGAUAUGAUAAUGACAGAUUAUAAGAUGUUCCCAUGAAUUAACGGUUACAUAAUGCCAUCAUCUUGUUGUAGGAUUGGUUAUUUUGCACCUCAGAUUAG